AUGGAUUCUACUAAGCCUUUAGGUUUUCAACCGCCUCAUUUCAUGGAUCUUUUGAAUUCUCAAAAAAACUCAAACGUUUCUGAUAAUUCUGCACAAACCUCUCAGCCUGUCCAGUUUAGAUCUCCAUUCUCUUCUCAGCCUAUCCAAUUUAGCUCUCCAUUCUCUUCUCAACCUAUUAAUCUUAGCUCUCCAUAUUCUUCUCAACUUAUUAAUCUUAGCACCCAAUCAGAAUCUGAAGACUGUAUUGAAGUUACAGUGGACGACAAUGAAGAAGAUGGAGGCAGAAGAAGUAGGAAGAGGUGGAGUGCACAUGAGGAUAUCAACCUCAUAAGCGCCUGGUUAAACACAAGCAAGGAUCCAGUUGUGAGUAACGAGCAGCGGUUAAAUAGUUUAUGGGUUAGAGUCGCUGCCUACUACAAAUCAAAUGGUGGAGGGACCGGUUCAAACGGUCAAGGGGCUAGUCAAUGCAGGCCAGCCAAUACUAGAAAGAAGAGUGGGGAAUCAGAAGACGAUGUGAUCAAAUUGGCGCAUGAGAUUUACAUGAACGACAUUAAAAAACCAUUUAUUCUAGAGCAUUGCUGGAGGGAACUGAAGCAUGAUCAGAAAUGGAUCAUGGAGGAAUGUAGUUACAAGAGGACGAAGCUACAAUCAGACGGAACAUACUCGUCGAGUCCAGCCAAUGAUGGAGCUGAAAUGAGGCCUCCGGGGGUUAAAGCUGCUAAGAAAAAAAGGGAAGAAACCGACCUCAGUGAGUAUUGA